AUUGCAACUUGCGUCAUGCAUUUUGUCAGGCGAAAGGCUGUUUCGGUCUUCGUUUUUCGGCCACUCAUAAAAGCUUCCUUUCUUUUUCUGAACAACAACCAUUGCUAAAACCACCGCUUUUUUAUUUUUCUUUCACAAACCUCAUUUUCCUCCUCCUGAAUUUAACAUCCUGCAAUCCAAAAGGCAUAGCAGACAAACACCAAGCGAUGGAAGAAAUUGGAAUUCGCCCGGCUGAAACCAUCGCCGGAAUCAACGAUCUCGGUCUGUCUCUGAUUCGGCCCGAUUUGCUUAGCGAACUGGACGAGAAGGACUUGUAUCUGCGGCAGAAGCGCCUUGAGCGGCACCUCGAGCUGCUUGACCUCCAGGAGGAGUACAUCAAGGACGAACAAAGAAACCUGCAGAGCGAGCUCCUAUACGCGCAGGAAGAGGUCAAACGCGUCCGUGCAGUGCCGCUCGUCCUGGGCCAGUUCCUCGAGCCCAUUGAUCGCGACACAUGCAUUGUGGUGUCGACUGCAGGCCCCACAACGCUGGCACGCAUCAUGUCGACCAUUGACCGCGAACUGUUGAAGCCCAAUACCUCGGUGUCGUUGCACCGGCACUCGAGCGCGGUUGUUGAGAUUUUGCCGCCAGAGGCAGACUCGAGCAUUGCGCUUUUGGGCGCGGACGAGCGGCCUGAUGUGAAGUACUCGGAUAUUGGUGGAUUGGAUAUGCAGAAGCAGGAGAUUCGUGAGGCUGUGGAGUUGCCACUAACGCAAUUUGACCUUUAUCGGCAAAUUGGCAUUGACCCUCCGCGUGGUGUUCUGCUCUAUGGCCCGCCUGGAACCGGAAAGACCAUGUUGGUCAAGGCUGUUGCGCACCAUACGUCGGCGUCGUUCAUUCGCGUUAAUGGGUCGGAGUUUGUGCAAAAAUACUUGGGAGAGGGUCCGCGCAUGGUUCGCGACGUGUUCCGUCUUGCGCGUGAGAACUCGCCGUCGAUUAUUUUUAUUGACGAGGUUGAUGCCGUGGCCACGAAGCGCUUUGAUGCGCAGACAGGUGCUGAUCGCGAGGUGCAGCGCAUUCUUCUGGAGCUGCUCAACCAGAUGGACGGGUUUGACCAGACGUCUAACGUCAAGGUAAUCAUGGCGACUAACCGCGCAGACACGCUGGACCCGGCUCUGCUGCGCCCCGGGCGUCUUGACCGCAAAAUCGAGUUCCCGACGCCUGACCGUCGCCAGAAACGCCUGAUCUUCCAGACCAUCACGGCCAAGAUGAACCUGUCCGAGGAGGUGGAUCUCGAGGACUUUGUUUCGCGCCCCGACAAGCUCAGCGGUGCCGAGAUCGCGGCCAUUUGCCAGGAGGCCGGCAUGCAGGCUGUGCGCAAGAACCGCUAUGUCAUCUUGCCCUCCGAUAUCGAGACCGGCUACAAGGCCAACGUGAGCAAGCAGAACACCGACCUUGCCUUCUACCAUUAGACCACGCACAUGUCUGUAGAAU